AUGACCAAUGUUGAGAGAGCGUCUGCGUUUGCACGAGAUAUUCUGAAACAGUAUACCCCAGAGACUCAACCACUUUCCUUUUGGAUUUUUGAUAUCAAAGGUGUGGAAGAUGCCAUCAAUAGAUGGAAAACCGCUAUGCCACAUGUGAAACCAUGUUUUGCAGUGAAGUGCUGUCCCGAGCCACAUCUAGUCAAAUUAUUAGCCGAAUUGGGGUGUGGCUUCGACUGUGCGUCCAUUGAUGAAAUCAAAGAAGUCAUCAAGUUAGGGUGCCAACCAGAUGACAUCACUUUCUCUCAAACAUUCAAACCGUACAAUCAACUUAUUGAGGCCGACUCUUUAGGCAUCUGCCACACAAUAGUCGACUCAAUUGAAGAAAUCGACAAAGUUGCGCAGUACGCCCCGAAGAUGGGCGUUAUGCUCCGAGUCAAAGAAAACGACUUAACAGCUGGUCAUGUGUUUGGCGACAAAUUUGGAGUGACUGACGACGAGAUCCCACUAUGCAUUAAAGAGAUAGCAAAAUGUGGUCUUAAGUUUGAUGGAGUCCAUUUCCACGUUGGGUCCAAUUCACACAACAAUGAAAUAUUUCGACUUGCUCUUCAAAAAGCGCGUGGAGUCGUUACAAUAGCACAGGAACACGGUCUUGAGCCUUACAUAGUUGAUAUUGGUGGUGGAUUUUCUCAACCAGCUCCUUUCGAACAGUUUGCGAGUGCCAUUGAAGACUCCAUUGCUGCAUUAGACUUCCCAAAGAACUUCAUUUUUAUCUCAGAGCCUGGACGGUAUAUGGCUUCGAAUUCCUUUCAUGUAGUUACGUCACUUCAUGGCAAAAGAGUAAGAACUGUCGAAGGGAAGAAGCGGAUAGAGUAUGUUUGUGGUGAAGGCGUACAUGGGGCGUUUGGGUGUUGUUUAUGGUUUGAGAGGGAGAUGAAGUGUUUCUGUUUAGACAAAGAUAAAGAGAACAAAGAAACAUAUGACAGUUUAAUAUAUGGUCCGUCGUGCAAUGGAAGUGAUUAUGUUGCCACUGGGCACUUCCCAGAGAUGACACCUGGCAAAGAUUGGCUAUUCUUCCCCAACUCUGGGGCUUAUACAAUAUCAAUGGCUUCAAAUUUCAAUGGGUUUGAAUCCCGGUUUAGCAAAAUAUAUACGCUGCCCUCAGACGACAGAAAAUCUGUAAAAAUACCAGAAGACUUAGAGAAGUAUUCUGUGCCUGCUCUUAGUGGAAGACCGGGCGAAUGGGGUGUUGACAAUUGA